CAUCGUUUUACGUUAGCUGCUAACAAGAUUUUGCUACAUUCUAAGGUUUCGGACGCUAAUAGAAUCGCAAACAUGUAUCUGGUGUCGGGAAAACCUCAGGUCAUAUACAGCACAUAAUCAAAUGUGGUGUGUGAUUUCUUUAUUGUUAAUAUUGCGUUUGGUAGAAUGUCAAUACAACGAUAUUUGUGGUUUGCACCAUGGCAAGAAGUUCUUCUUGGAGCAUGGAGAAAGUGGAUCUGUGGUGGCUGACUACAAGGAUAAUAUGGUGAAGAGCAAUGCUACGUCUACAUAUAGUAGAUGCAAGGUGGAGUUUGUUACUUGUUCAUCUUGUAUUAUUGAGAUCCAGUUUCGGUACCUGAAUAUAUCUCGAAAUUGUGGCAGAUCUCCAGUCAUAGACACCUGCGGCUGUGACUAUGUCUGGAUCUAUGAGCCACAUGUGGAAGAUACGUCGGGAGAGCAAUUCUGCGGUCGGUUUAUCAAAAGUAAUACUUCUGAGCUGACAUACGUUAGUCAAACGAGGAAUGUUGCUAUAACUUUUGUGUACAAUAACGAAUAUGGACAUGCUUUCACAUUGGACUAUUUCACAAAAAGGAACAAAGUGGCUGUUACUGGAUACCCAACUAUAUCGAACAUGAACAACGUCAGUCAGUACAUAGCAUCGGCGUUUUUUCCACAACUCUAUCCUACAGAUCUAGCUGUUGAGUAUAGCAUCACUUGUGAGUCUGUUGAGCCUUGCAGGAUAAGCUUGUUAUUCACCGAUUUUUUAGUCGACGAUUCAUCAAUAAUGGAGUUUUUUGACUGGAACGGUCAAAGGAUGUAUGUUAUGUCUGGAAAUACAUUCAGACCUCCAGUAAUUAUCAGCAAUGGUCCGUCGAUGAGUAUAAAGUUUUACGCAAACGGUGGCUCGGACUAUGGAUUCAAAGCAACGUACUCGUUUAUACUGGGACAUGUAGAUGAUCUAGCUUUCAAACCAAAUAUAGGUUGUGGAGGAUACGUGAACAAUUUGGGUGGUGGUAUUACCAUGAUGAAUAUGGUAGAAGAUGGUACAAAGUUUUACGAUUGUGUGUGGAUUAUAAAACCACCUGAAGUAUAUUUCCAUAGAAAAACUCAUCUUUACGUAAAAGUGGCGACAUUUUUAGACUUCGCUGGUACAACGGAAUUAACAAUACGGCAAGGAUUAACCUCCAACCAACCUUACGUUGAGGUUUUGAAAUACCCCAUGGCUCAUUAUGUAUCUCCAAGACAAAAAGAGCAUGUGGUACCCAUCACUCAAGGAUUUUAUGUACGACUAAGGGGGCUUUUCAUGCCUCAAACUCGACUUGCUAUAGUUUAUGCAGCUUUCAACUAUAAAGAUUGUUUUGGUGGUUCGGACUUUCUUUGCGAUAAUAUGAGAUGCAUUCCAAUUUUACUAAACUGUGACGGCUUUGACCACUGUGGAGAUAAUAGCGAUGAAUCAGCCGAUUGCUCGCAAGAUCUCAAGGACCAUCGAGAUUAUUCGAAGAUUCCCAACUUCCUAUUUCCGAAGAUUGAGCCGUACUCAGACAUCACUACAGCCACUUUCGUCUUUCUGACUUGCAGUUUCGGUCUGAUAGGUGUGAUAAUGGCUAUGGCUCUACUGCUUUAUAGAGUGAAUAUGCGAGCUAGACACCAAAGACAGAUCCAGGACCAUAUUGAAACCAUACACGCGAUUUUAGAAGAAAGUGUAGGUGAUGUCGAAGAAGAGAUAAUAGUACCUGAUGAUCCGCCAGAUUAUGAACCACCACCAGACUAUAGCGAACUGGUAAAGAUUAAGUAUUACAAAAACUCAGCUGAAGUGAAGCUGCAACAAAAAAGAUGUUCCCAGUGUAGCGUAUCAAAAUCCAGCGAUCAACUGAGAGAGGUCUGCUCAUCCGUCGACGUGCCAACUGAAUCUAAUGAUGAAAGAUCUAAUUCAACCGCAAGUACGAGCAGAGGCUGUCAAACAACACCAGUCAGGGUACCCGAUUCACCCCCACCCUCCUAUGAUCACCUUCCUGGUGGAGAUGCUGCUAGAGAUCGACAGGGGGAACCAGAGCCAACAACAACCUGUGCGCCAAGAUCUCUCCUGGAAAACCUCCCGAAGUACCCGACACACAUCCUCAGGGAGUUAAGAAAAGGAUUCAGGAACUGUAAGGCUCUCAGUUUGGUUAGGCAAUCCAAGAUAACAAUUAGUCGUUCAGAAGAAGACCUUGUGAAGUAUUGCUCCGAUUCGGAGCUGGUUCUCAAUUCGAGUGCUACUUUAAGAGUUUGGGCUAAGUCAAACAAGAUACGAUUUAAAAAGAGCUUUUCGUCAGAUGACUUGGACAUGCUGUGAGCUGAACGUAUUUAAUGAUAGGCAUUGUCCAAUUACCUUCACAUAAUAUCAAGUUCACGAUCUUUACUCUUUACUUUCUCCUAGUCCUAGAGUGUUUCAGAACAAUUAAGAAAAGCGGCCUCAGGCUGAAUAUGUUCUGUUGCUUUACAUCUCUAUGUAAAUCGCUAAUAGGUGGUGACGAAAGCAGCCAAAUUUGAUUCAGCUUAUGAAACUUUCGCCUAGUAUGCGAAAGCUGGUAGCAUGGUAGAUGCUUAGUGCCAUCUAUAUUUCUUGAAAAACAAAGAUGAAGAAUAAUUUAUAAAUAUAACAUAAUCAUAAAUAGCUGCUUAAAGUAUUUGCAGUUGUACGGGUGGCCAGAGGUUGGUCUGUCAAAUAUGACCGUCAGGCUACGAAAUGGUAGCGCGCUGUCUGAUAUUCUGAUAGUAUAAAAUUGAAGUGUUUAGAAAUGAUGCGCUGGUAUCGCGUUGAGAGUCCUUGACAUGAUUAUAUUUGUCAGGCCAACUAUUGACCAACCGGACCAACUGGAAAAGCUAAUAGUAAGUAUUGGUAGGGCUGCAGACGAUAUACGGAUGCUUCUGAAACAUCCAUUUACCGCUAUGUUUGCAUGAAUUAUUGUACUUUUCCAUGCAAUCAUUCUCAUAAUCUGGUCCAGAAACCGAUAAUGUCGUACAUGUACGAGAUUUCUCGUACGUCUGGCAACCCUGAAUGGUGAACACUUGCCUGCUUAUGGAACAUGCUGCCAUUUGGGAUACCGAUUUGGCAGUAACACCUACUACAUACCUUCUAAAUAUUUAGGACGGUAAUAUAAGAUAUGAAACAGUAGCAUAGGAGCUCAGGAUAAUUACGCUUGGGUAUAGUUGUUAUCACUGUUCUUGGUGGUUACGUCAUCAACGGCAUAUGAAAUACGUAAACAGAUUGAUUCUCCUUACCAUGCGUGGAUCUUAAUACUCCUAACUGAGGAAAACCGAUUCAAAAUUAUUUACUAACCGUAAUUCUCAAAAAUUCAAUCUAGUAAGUAAGUAUGGUUUUGAUGUGUUUUAAAGUUGAAAUAAAAGAUACAUACGGAAUUUACAAUAUAAUACAAACUAACACAUCUACUUGCUAACUUGAUGGAACAUUUAAUAUUGGAUGUGGAUAUGUGACAAGCUUAUGAGAGCUUUAGAAGGAGCAUCUUCAAUAAUAAAAAUGGCCAAUUCCUUCUGGAGUGAUAUGCGACUAAAUAAAUUACUGCUAGACAAAAAGAUACAUUUUGAUGAUGAUGCUGUUAAACCCGAGCUUUUAAAUAUAUGCCGCCUUAAUAAACAUCAAGCUUGUAACUUCCACAUCUAUCAAGAUAUUUAACAAUCUACAUUAAGGUGCACGCAUACAAAACUAAAAUUUUCAAAGUUGUUCCAAUAAAAGUAUGAAUUCUUGGAUUUCUUCAUCAGUGUAAUCUGAACUUUCUUCAAAGUGAAUGAUUAUAUUAGUAUCCUCCCUAUCAAACACUUGUCAUUUUUAAUCAAGUCCUCGGUAUGUUUCACACACCUAGCCCAAACUGUAGGAGUCACCUUCGCUAGCGCAUCAUCCCAAACUUUCAAAACUGCCUUGUCACCAUAGCCAUUUUCCCCAAUAUGACGAUUAUACCACUGUUUGUCUAUUCCCUAGACUAACUUAAUGCGGUUGUGUUGACAAUGAUAAAAGCGGGGAGUCACAAAACUUGUAAUAUUUCGUCAAUGACAUAUGUUGGAGCCGAUGGCUUAUUAAGGCAACAUAGAUUUAAAAACUCGAGUUUAAAAACUUGUCAUCAUCAAAAUGUAUCUAUUUGUCUUGGUACCAUUGUUUCAAUUGCAUUUCACUCAAACUGGAAUUGUAUAUGUAUAUGUACCUUUUUUUAGCUCCUGAUUGAGCGCAGAUGUCGUGAUAUGUUGUCCUUUACUUCUCACAUCGUAGAAAGUAUUCCUAAUUUCUGUUUUGGUGGCAUCACUUACAUCAUCGGUCUUGCUUUUUUUGAUUCUGUGAGUUUCCCCAGGUGUUACUGUGAGCAAACCUUUCUUGUUUUCUGAUUUUAGUCGCUGAAUACUGCGCAGACUAAUCAUCAGCACAUCUGCUACUCUCUCCAGUACGCAUGAAGUGGGUAACAGGGGACCGCUGUUUCCGUUCUCUUCCUGGAAAUACUCUAAUAAAUUUAGCAUGAUCUGUCGGCCUUCUCCAUUGAUCGUAUUUCCGGGCAUUGUACAAUUUCAUUUUGAAGAUUGAUAACAGGACAACUCAAAUUGCACACCUAUUUCAAGUAAGUUGUCACUCCGUCUCUCAAAGUUUCGAGACGGAGACACACAACUAAAAAACGUAUUUCUUUGAACUUACCGAACAAACGUUCACACACAGGGGUAGGUUGCAUGUGUAUGUAUGAGGGAGAUGGAGAUAAUAUAUAAAGGGAUACUGGUAGUCUUACUUUGACCCGCCAAGAACGGUGACUACAACUAUAGUCUUUUUGACCUUGCUUGUUACUCAUACCAUAUUUGGUAAAGUUUUCAACAUUAGGAUGCAAGUGACAAAAAACAAGGAAAUCUAGGUCUGAAGAUGCAGUACUGAGUACUACUAAACUAUUUUGAAAGAUUUAUAAUUUUCGAUUCAUCAGCAUAAUAAAUCCUUUUUUCUCUCAUGCCUUUUAAUUAUCUAGCUCCAUAGUUUGAAAGUAAUUUUCAGAUCAGUGUUCAGGAGCAGAAAGUUAGCUGACGGGCUGUAAAGUCACAAUCUCCAGAAUUUCAGGCAGACGCUAGAGACGUUUAACCACGGUUAACUCGAAACAAAAUGUGAAUAAUUUUAUCGAUAAGAGGUGUUUCAUCAGAUAAGCUAUUAGGUUU